AGUGUGUAACAACCCCAAAGGAUUGGUUGCUCUGUAGCCUCUUAAAGUCAGGGCUGGAGCUGAAAUGGGCAGCAGUCACCAAAUCUGCCCCGAAAUAGAGCCAGGCACCAAAAUCACACCAAAAGCUCUUUAAGAAAUCCCCGUUUUCGUGUGAAACCCACCAAAUUGGCCCCACUGAGAGGCCCCUCGCAAAGCAACAGAGGCGCCCAGAGACGGAGGGAGCCUAGUAGGCCCCGCCAGACCUGGGGUUUGCGUGGGCCGAGCGGCGGCUGAGGGCGCCAGGAAGGCGGGGAGGGAGCCGGGGAGGACCCUGAGCCCUGAAGGAGGGCAGGCAAGGCAGGGAGGGCUGGCCCCAUGGUGAGGCGGAGGAGCAGGAGCCGGGAUUGGGGGCCGCCCCUCUGCAACAGCGGCAGCGGCAGGAGGAGGAGCUGCUUCGGAGAAGUCGAGCAACGGCUGCUGCUGCUGCCCCUCAACAUGGCGGCGGCGGCGGCAGGGGAGACGGAAGCCCCCUCCUCCUCCUCUUCUUCUUCGGUGCCGGUGCUGUUCUGCUUCUCGGUCUUCGCGCGUCCCUCCUCGGUGCCCCGCGGCUCGGGCUACGAGGCGCUGAUCCAGAAGUUCCUGAGCCUCUACGGGGACCAGCUCGACAUGCACCGCAAGUUCGUGGUCCAGCUCUUCUCCGAGGAGUGGAGCCAGUACGUCGACCUCCCCAAGGGCUUCCUCGUCGCCGAGCGGUGCAAGGUCCGCCUCGUCCCGCUCCAGAUACAGAUAACUACAUUGGGCAAUCUCACACCAUCAAGCACUGUGUUCUUCUGUUGUGAUAUGCAAGAGAGAUUUAGACCUGCUAUCAAGUAUUUUGGAGAUAUAAUCAGCGUAGGUCAACGAUUGCUUCAAGGAGCAAGGAUUUUAGGAAUCCCAGUCAUAGUAACAGAGCAGUAUCCCAAAGGUCUUGGAAGCACAGUGCAAGAAAUUGACUUAACUGGGGCCAAACUUGUCUUACCCAAGACAAAGUUUUCUAUGGUAUUACCUGAAGUUGAGGCUGCACUAGCAGAGAUUCCUGGAGUCCGCAGUGUUGUUUUAUUUGGAGUAGAAACCCACGUCUGCAUCCAACAGACAGCACUAGAAUUGAUAGGUAGAGGUCUGGAAGUUCACAUUGUGGCUGAUGCAACCUCUUCAAGAAGCAUGAUGGACAGAAUGUUUGCCCUUGAGCGUCUCGCUCGCACUGGGAUUAUUGUUACCACUAGUGAAGCUAUAUUGCUGCAGCUGAUAGCUGACAAAGACCAUCCCAAAUUCAAAGAAAUUCAGAAUCUCAUUAAGGCAAGUGCUCCAGAGUCGGGGCUUCUUUCCAAAGUAUAAAGUGGACAUUAUUGGGGAGGUGGGGGAUUAAUGAAUGACAAUGUAAUUCUAGGUCCUCAAACACUCUCUCACUCACAUACACACAUACACACGUUUGCAUGUGUGUGCUUGCACACACAACUCACACACGCACACCCCUUCUACAAAUGAUGUAUUUGUGCUUGCCUUAGCAGAAUUUGUCUGAUUUGCUGUCCAGGUGCCAGUGUAUUCUGUUAGUCCCAGAUCUUUAAGGCUUUGGGUAACUACCAUAGGUUUAUUUUUUUGUCAAGCAAACUUUGAAAACAGAGGUGCCUGUUUGUCUGUACUGUACCCACUGAUUGUAACACAGCUCCAAAAAUUGCAUAUUUUUGUGAAACCUCUUUUGAUUGUACAAAUGUGGUAUUGUUUUGCAUUUUUGUAUUAUUAAUACAAUAUUACAUAUAUACAUGUGAUACAAUGUUUUAUCAAACUAUAAAUGGAACCAUAUUUCAAAUAAAAUUGAGUAUAUAUACUAGCGGAGAAAUACUUGCUUAACAAUUAGACAAACAUGCUAGGGAGAAAAGCAAUAUGUAGUUCCAUUACUUUAGGUAGCUUAGUUAGCUAGGCUGAUACAGUACUUGAUUGUUAAAGACUUUAUUCCUGAUUGCUAUUCCAAAGUUCUUUGUUAUAAAGUUCCAACUGGAAAGAGUGCAGAUUCAUAUUCACUUUUAAACCAUAAGCAAUUCUGUCACUUUAUUAAUGAGAAUGUAUGAAUUAUGACAUUGAAAGAGAUUUAACUCAUUUGUAGAAAAUGUAUAGGAAGAUGCUCAAGUUCCUCAUUGCUAAAUAUAAAAAUAACUUUGUUUCUGUAUGUGUUGGAAGAUUUAUUUUUAAUCCCAGUAUGUCUAGAUUUAAUGAACUCCAUCUAGCUUUUGCAUUAGUUCAAGCAAAUCUUUGGUUCAAAAUCAGCUUCUUCAGUUUUAUGCAGGAUCCUUCAAUAAAGAGAUUGAAUAGUCUUUCAGGGGAACCUGGUGUAACCAACAUACUUUAGACAUACUUGCUGUAACUUGAUGGAGUAUUUUAUAGCUACAAAUUAAGUUGAGUAACAGUGUUCUUACUACAUGCCAAUUAUUCAUGUCAUAAAUUAUUGAAAUUGUUCUAAUGUUUGUAUCAAGAAUAUAUGUGGGUUUGUAGGAAGGAAUUUUGCAGUAUGACAUAUAAUACUAACAAUUUUUUAAAAAUCAGUACAUUAUUGGAAUGUUCUUAAACUUACUGGUCUAAAAUGAUCUUGAGAUGUUUAAAUAAAUGCAAAUGUUUACUCAAA